GCUGCGUGCCUCACAGCCGAAAAGUGGGACUGGUGUGCCUUUCAUAGACAAAAGAGAGAGAGAGAGACACACCGACAGGACUCCUGCGUGUCAAACAACACCCAAGUUAGACCAGCCGCGUUGAUUUAUAUGGAUCCAAAGGCGGAUAACUCCUCCAAAAGCUUCACAGCAGAAAUCAACUUAGAGAAGCUCCAAAAGAUAGCCGCAGAGCUGAUUCUCCCUGGCAGGUUCAUCCUCAGACCUCUGAAUGCUGCUCUGGAGUUUGUUACCCGCCUCCUGGCCUGGGUCUUAGGAUGCAGCCUGGUCCGAAGGCAUUUUCACCUCAUGCUGUCCGGGCUGGUCCUCUUUGGGCCUGUGCUGAGUUUCUGGGUUUCCAAGUAUAGCAUCUUCGCUAACGGCAACCACUACCUGUACAGGAAGUUCCUCAGGUCUACUUGGGGCUGGACCUGCCUCCUCGUGGGCUCCUUCGUCGUCGUCCUCUCCUUCUCGGCCCGCCGCUCCGUCCCCCUUACCCUGCGCCACCUCUCUCGGGUCGGCCUCGCGGGCCUGCUGUGGUGGGGCUGCCGGCGCCUUCUGACCCUGCUGGAGGACGCGGCCGGCGCCUGCUACGAACCCCUGGCCCCCGCCGGGGACGCCCAGAGCUCGGCCGCCCCGGCGCAGCCUCUGCUGCUCCUGCACCAGGACCAGACCAAGGCGUCCUGCCUCAGAGCCAACAUGAUGUGGAGGGGCUAUGAAGUCUCGCAGGAAACCCUCAUCCUCUGCCUGUGCUGCCUGCUGCUGGUGGAGGAGCUGUCCGUCUUCGGGCGUCACCUGGCGCAGGAGAGGCGUUCUCAUAGGUCCCCCGGCGCCCCGCUGAGGGCCCUGUUCCUCCUGUGCGUGGUUCUGCUCUUCCUGUGGAUGGCCCUGCUCCUGUGCCUGCUGGCGUACUUCCCUGCAUGGCCCGCUCAGCAGCUGGGAGGAGCUCUGGGCUACCUGGGCUGGAGGGGCCUGUAUCAGGGAUGGUUCCGGCUAACGCCCGCUCAGGGCUCCCCUGGUUUGCCGGGAGAGGGCCUUUUCACCGGGACAGACUCUGCUAAACACAGCCACUAGCUUAACCUUUGUUUUGAAGUAAGUAGCAGGAGACUCGUAAGAAUCCAGUUGCUUUAUUUUUGCAAUCUGAGACAAAAUGCAUGCAGCACUGCGAGAGAAAAGGAGAUCAUUUCUGUCAGGACAGCGGUUUGGGAACUUAAUCAGUGUUACACAACAGUAGCAGUAAUUUGCUUUAAAAAAAAA